UAUCGAAAAUAGUAACAAACUCUUUCUCAUUGGUAAACAUCCAUAAAUUUGUUUAAGUGGAGUGCCUAAUGUGUAUCAUUGGAGAAAAAUUUGAGGUCUUUGAGAAAGAUUAUAUGAAAGGAAUAUAAUCAACUGAGUGGAGGAAUGAGGAAUCAUGACAGAAAGGAUAUAGGAAAAGUAAACAGCAAUAACUCUCCUACAGAUUUGAAGCCAGUUAUAGAAAAAGGUGUAUGAAUAAUGACCCAUACACCUUUGAAGAACAUACUAUCUUUAACUAAAAUUUUGGAAGAGGGAACAUCUAGGAAGAAAUUACCAAAGAUUAAAAGUAGAGUAAACAUCACACAGAGAAGAACAGAUGUUUUGUGUGAAAUUGAAAACGUGUAACUUAAUAAACCAGCAGGAAUCUGUAUGAAUACAGCACACCUACUUGACAAACAGGGAGCCCUCACAUGUUUGCUUAGCAGUGUGUCUAUAUGCUUAGCUAUACCAAGGAAGUAUAGGGCUAGGAAACUGUGAUCAUAUUAACAGAUGUGACUUCAUUGCAGAACUUUUCCUCUGAAAAAGAAGCAAUUCUGAAUGACAUUCACAUGCUUGAUGUUUGGGAGCAGUAUUGAUUGGGUUCAGAGAAAAUGGGGCAAAAAGCAUCACAGCAGUUGGCUCUGAAGGAUAGCACUGAGAUUCUCAGCAUCUGUGAGGUGGUCAGUGAAGCCAUAGUCCAUGCAGCUCAGAAGCUCAAGGAGUAUCUUGGAUUUGAGUAUCCACAGAGCAAACUCUGCCCAGCUGCAAAUACUCUGAAUGAGAUCUUCUUAAUCCACUUCAUCACUUUCUGCCAAGAAAAGGGAGUUGAUGAGUGGCUCACCACCACCAAGAUGACCAAGCACCAAGCCUUACUAUUUGGAGCAGACUGGGUUUGGACCUUUUGGGGAUCUGAUAAGCAAAUAAGGCUUCAGCUGGCGGUUCAGACUCUACAGAUGGCUUCUCUUCCUCCUGUGCAGUCAAAACCUUGUGACUUCCCCAGUCCGGAGUCGAGGGUAGAGGAGUCUUCCUGGAAGAGAAGUAGAUUUGAUAAGCUGGAAGAAUUCUGUAACUUGAUAGGAGAGGAUUGUCUGGGCUUGUUCAUCAUCUUUGGUGUGCCGGGAAAACCUAAAGACAUCAGGGGAGUCGUCUUGGACAGUAUCAAAAAUAAGACUGUAAGGAGCCAUCUGCCAGGACGCAAGGCUGUGGAACAGUUUGUCCUGGAAACCGAAGAUUGUGUCUCCAUGAAAGAACUGCUUGGAAACUGCCUGAGUAAGAAAGAUGGGCUGAGAGAGGUGGGCAAAGUUUUUAUUAGCAUCCUCUGAACUGGAUGUGUGCUGUGACUGGCCUGUAUCAUAAAAAGAAAAAAAAAGAUAUUCUCAUAAGCAAGCUCAUUUACAUACAUCAUUCCUACAUGGGUUUUUUUUUUUCCCCCACUUCCCUUAUCCCAUUGAUUGAAAAUGAUUACCUGGGUCAAAGUUAGUUUGACAAUUAUUGGUUUCGUAAUUAUGGAACAAAAAAAAAGAAAAAGAAGAAAAACCC